AUGGAAUUGACAGUGGUGAGGGUAGUGGGUCUCAACAGUACCGAGAAACUCAUUAUUCUCCAAGGCUGCCCUGGAAUUCCGGGUGCUGUAGGGCCCAGAGGAGACCAAGGAACUGCAGGAAAUACAGGACAACGGGGACCUCCGGGGAUCCCUGGAAAGGCGGGGAAAAGUGGCCGAAAAGGACAAAGAGGUGCUGGGGGCCCCUCUGGACUGAAAGGAGACCUGGGAAACCCUGGACCUCCUGGAACACCUGGAGAGGAAGUGCUUGAGAAAAGGCAGUGUACAAAAGGAGCAAAGAACUGCAAGGAGCUGUUAGCCAGAGGCAACAUCCUGAGCGACUGGUACACCAUCUACCCCCGUGACUGUAAUGCCAUGACCGUGCUGUGUGACAUGGACACAGAUGGUGGAGGAUGGAUUGUGUUCCAGAGACGGGUGGAUGGCUCCAUGGAUUUCUUACGUGACUGGAAUUCAUACAAAAAAGGUUUCGGCAGCCGGCUGUCAGAAUUCUGGCUGGGGAACGACAAUAUCCACCUGUUAACUUCCCUUGGAGCCAACGAGCUUCGCGUCGAUCUCAGAGAUUUUGACACCAACUAUCAAUUUGCUACCUUCAGAUCAUUCAAAAUUGCAGGGGAGACCGAGAACUACAAGCUGAUCCUUGGAGCCUUUGUUAAUGGCACCGCAGGGGAUUCCUUAACUGAACACAACGGUAUGAUGUUUACAACCCGAGACCGUGACAACGACUUGUCUAUAACUAACUGUGCUAUAGCCUUUAAAGGGGCCUGGUGGUACAGGGAUUGUCAUUUGUCCAACCUGAAUGGAUUAUACCUGAGUGGAGCCCAUGAAAGCUAUGGUGCUGGGGUGAGUUGGGCUUCAGGCAAAGGGCACAUGUACUCCUACUGGUGGUCUGAGAUGAAAAUUCGGACUGUGUAA